CCUAUUAAUCACCUUAUAUACUCGUGCUACCAUUUUUCACCAGGGCCAUACUACUGUGGAGUGGGAGCUGACUGUGCGUAUGGGAGGGAUAUUGUGGAAUGUCACUACAAGGCCUGCCUCUAUGCUGGAAUCAAAAUUUGUGGCACCAAUGCUGAAGUCAUGCCAUCGCAGUGGGAGUUCCAGGUGGGCCCGUGUGAGGGAAUAGAGAUGGGGGAUCACCUGUGGAUGGCUCGAUUCCUGCUGCAGCGUGUAUGUGAGGACUUUGGGGUAGUGGCGUCGCUAGACCCCAAACCCAUGAAAGGGAACUGGAAUGGUGCCGGAUGCCACACCAACUUCAGUACACAGGCGACGAGAGCGGAUGGGGGAAUAUUACAUAUCGAGAGAGCCAUUGAUAAGCUUAGCACCAAACAUCAAGAACACAUCAAGGUGUACGAUCCUCGUGGCGGAUUAGACAACAAGAGACGCCUCACAGGCCAGCACGAGACCUCCAGCCUGGAGAAGUUUUCCUUUGGGGUGGCUAAUCGAGGAGCGAGCAUCCGCAUCCCUCGCCAAGUCGGGCAGGACAAACGGGGCUACUUGGAAGACCGCCGACCCUCUGCAAACUGCGACCCGUAUGCAGUCACCGCCGCUAUCGCUCGCACCUGUCUUCUGCUAGCGGCGGAAGAUGAGGAAGAGCUCGAGGAAGGGAUGAACUGAAGGCAAACAAAUAAACAAAAUAAAACAAUAAUUACCAGUUUAGUUGAUAGUUAAAGGUA